CGGCUCUGAGACUUACUUUUAUUGGCAACCUGACAAGAGCAUGAAACGCUUCUUUUCGAGAAAUAUGAGCUCUUGAAGUGGACAUGGAUGCUUUUGCGCUAGUACAAUACUGUGCAUGGGAACUGAUCAAUGUGAUCUGUUCUUGCAGCUUGGGCAGCACUAGAGCACCGUAUCGUCACCCUAGCCUAGUCUAAGUCAUCCCUGAAUUCCUGGCAACUAUCAAGAAGAAGGACGCAACACAUCACUCAUCCACCCAAUUUUUGCUGUAAUUACCUCUGUCGCAAUUCAAAAAUCAAAAUCUUCACAUGUCUACCUCCAAAAAAGUCCUAGCAGAAGGCUCCCAUAAAAGAUCUAGCAGUACAGCCGAGAACAGCCAGCCCCAGCCACCAGUCAAACGUCAAGCUCAAGAAGCAGAACCGAAGGUGGAACCUCAAUACGUCUAUGUUGUCUCCGUAGAUGGAUUCGAUCGUGGUGGUAAUAACAUUCCCGAUAUCUGGGGUAUCUACGCAACUGUUAAAGAUGCCAAUAAUACUGUAAAGGAUAUUGUCAAGGACAAAUAUGGGGGAACCUCCAGUUACGACAGAGACAUUGACGAAGAUGGCCUUGAAUCUUGGUCUUCUGAUGACACAGGGUAUGGGGAAAGUGUAUGGGUGCACACCGAGAAGAAGUUAGUGGAACCUGCGGGGUCGGUACCGGAUUGUGAGUGGGAAGACCUGGAGGACGAAGAAGAUGAAGAUGAAGAUGAAGAGGAAGAGGAAGAAGACGAGGAAGACGCCCAGGAGUCGGAGUGAAAGAAACCCAAAGGUCAAGGUCUGUGCAGCUAGUUUCUAGCACGGCUUUGCU